UGUUUGCGGCGGGAUCGCUUUUUCUCCAUCUCCGCCCGGGGGAAUAUUGGAAAGAUUUGCAGCAGGGUAGGAAAAGGAAAGCUGGGGGGCCCCCAGAGCGGUGCGCAAAACAGAAGAGAAGAAAACAUCAAAUAAAAGUGACAGACACACAGUUGCAAUAGCGCAUUGACUAAGGAUGUUUGGGACACGUUGCGUGCGCCUGGUUCUUCGCUAUUGUUCCUCUGCUCCCUGUCCUAAACAUGCAGCAACUCCCAAACUGCUACGUGUUCGGGAAGUGCUGGACGUCCAAGACCCAAUGGGGCAUGAUAUUAAAGUCCAGGGUUGGGUCCGUUCCAUCCGGUCCCAGAAAGAAGUUUUGUUUAUCCACAUGAAUGACGGCUCCUCGCUGGAAAACCUCCAGGUGGUCGCUGACCCAAGAUUAGAACCCAGAGACCUGACGUUUGGGAGUUCUGUAGAAGUCCAAGGGAAACUGAUUAAAAGUCUUCACAAGAGGCAAAACGUGGAGCUGGCAGCAGAGAAUAUUCGGGUGGUAGGACCUUGUGAUGUCUUGGAAUUCCCGCUAAAGUACAAAACGCGUCACCCUCUAGAAUACCUCAGGCAGUUUCCUCAUGUCCGGUGCAGAACCAAUUCGUUGGGCGCCCUCCUGAGGAUACGCAGUGAAGCCACCGCUGCAAUCCACUCCUAUUUCAAGGACAAUGGAUACAUGCACAUUCAUACGCCAAUAAUUACCUCAAAUGACUGUGAAGGUGCUGGGGAAACCUUUCAAGUAGAGCCUGCAAAUGAAGCGAGAGAACCUCGAGAAAAUCCCCAUUUCUUUGAUAUUCCUGCAUUUCUGACAGUCUCUGGUCAGCUCCACUUGGAAGCGAUGGCUGGGGCAUUUACUAAGGUGUUCACCUUCGGUCCAACGUUCCGAGCUGACAAUUCUCAAAGCCGUAGGCACCUGGCGGAGUUUUAUAUGGUGGAAGCAGAGCUGUCCUUUGUUGAAAGCCUUCAAGAUAUCAUGCAGGCUAUGGAGGACCAUUUCAAGAAAGUGACGGAGAUGGUACUGUCCGGAUGCCCUCAUGAUGCUGAACUUUUUCAUAAGCAUGUAGCCCCUGGCCAAGAGGCAAAGUUAGAACGGAUGCUGAAGAACCAGUUCAUAACAAUGUCAUACACUGAAGCAAUAGAGGUUUUAAAACAAGCUCGCCAAGUGUUCACUUACAGACCAGAGUGGGGUCUGGACCUCCAGAGCGAGCACGAGAGAUACUUGGCACAGCACUGUGGCGAAAUCCCUGUGUUUGUCUUUAACUAUCCCUAUGACCUUAAGCCAUUCUAUAUGCGGGACAAUGAAGAUGGACCCUGUCACACAGUGGCAGCAUUUGAUCUUCUAGUACCUGGAGUUGGGGAACUUUGCGGAGGCAGCUUGAGGGAAGACCGGCCUGAUUUCCUACAAUCCCGCCUACAGAGGUUGGGGCUUGAAGAUACUUAUCAAUGGUACAUAGACCUGCGUCGGUUCGGAUCAACCCCUCACGGAGGAUUUGGAAUGGGGUUUGAGCGCUACCUCCGGUGCAUCUUGGGAGUCGAGAACAUCAAAGACGUCAUUCCCUUCCCACGGUUUCCUCACUCGUGUGUUCUGUAGAGGUUCAUCCCAUCUCCUGACGAUGUGACUCUUGUGUGUUUUUAUGAAUUCAGGGCCUGUCCAGAAGAUAAAAGGCAACAUUGUUGUGGGGGAGAUAAAGAACUCCCAUCAUUCUUUCUGUAUUUCUUUUUUUUUUUUUGCAUUAAAUAAUCUUAAGGGAAACUUCACACAAAAGACCUCUGAAGAUUUGAAGCUGGGGUUACUUUUGUAUUAUAUCCAGAGGUGGCUGGUGGCUCCAUGUCAGUAGGGCAGUGGAAUCCGUUACAGGUUUUAGUCUGAACUUUCAAGGAGCUGUCCAAGGUGCUACAUCUCCUUGAAUGUUUGGACUAAAACUCUGAGUGGAUUCCACUGCCUCACUGACAUGGAGUCACCAGCCGCCAGAGAUUAUAUCCAUGUACAGAACUUUUGGAUCUGCAGAGCGCUUUGUGUUGCAUGAAUAAAUGCAUUCAGAAAAAACAAUUGGCUGCCUUUUGGCCAUAACUACAAUGCAUAAAAUUAAGCUUUUACCAGUUAUUAAUUAAUCUGUGGGAAGUGUCUCGGCCAACCCCCAAGGCUCUCAACCAGACGGGGUAGGAGGCUCACUCUCAUACAACACUGCAAAGCUGCAAAGAAAUAUUCCAGCCUUCCUCAAAUGUAAAACUAUCCACUUGCUGAUGGACUCCCAACAUCCCUGUCCAUUGACACUGCCAGCUGGAGCCAUUGGGAGCCCAGUCACAGUCAGUGGUUCCCCCUCCCCGUGCGUUGGGUGUACGGCACAUAUCCAUCAGGAGCCCUGCAUUCAGUAUUGUGGGUCCAGCUGUGUGGAACUGCCUCCCAGAUGAGGUCAGACAGGUCCCCUCCCUGUUGACCUUCCAGCACUCAGUGAAGACCUUUUUAUUUCGGCACAUGUUUCACGUAAGUUGUAUGACUUUAACUGAUUUUAUCUUUAUUGUAACUUUUCAAGUUUACCGUAGACGGAGUUAAGCAGUAUCUAAAUUGUUAAAUAAACAUCUGGAAGGCUCCAGGUUGAGGAAGGCUGUGCUAAACAAUCCUUAAGCUCUUCUGGUAAAUUUGUGAUACGCUUGCUUGGGUAAAAAGGGUCUCUGUGCCACAAGAGGGAUUUCCCCUGUAUUCAUAUCAAGCCAAAACAUUUAUUUACUUAGUCGACUUAUAAACCACUUACUAUAAAUAAAAUGGGUGAUAUCCAGCUAACUCUUUCCAUCUGGACAAGGAUACCUGCUUGUGCACCAGAAAUUCAACCCCCUCCUCUCCCUGCACCCCCCCCCCCAGAUUUACUCCAGAGGAUUGGAGGGGGGGGAAGCCCAGAACGUAUUUAGGAGGUGCGUUGGAGGAGCAGGGAGACAUUCUGUUGCAUAUCCUUGCUCUGACAGAAUGAGUUGGAUAUCACCCAAUGUCUCAGGGUGACUUUACAAUAAGAAGUCAAAAACUAAAACAAGAAGAAGUUGAGUCAGACCCUAAAACAGAAGUGGGGAACCUCUGGUCCUCCAGACGUUUUUGGACUACAAUUCCCAUGGGCCCCUGCCGGCUUAGCCAAUAGUCAGGCAUGAUAGGUAUUGUGGUCCAGCAACAAACAGCUAAAACAUGUAGCAAACUCAAUACACAUAUACAAAUAAUAAUAAUAUAAAUAGCCAGCAAAUAACUUUUUUUUUUCAAAAAAAAGGUAAAAUAUGCAGACUAUAAAAUUACUAAAAAUAAUAAGCAAUACAAUCCAGUGAUCAACAGUCACAAAAUGCCUGGCCAAAAAGACAUUUUCAGUAAGCAUCUGAAGCAUGCUGCAGAUGGCGCCUCCACAAUGGCGGUGGGAAAAACAUUCCAGAGAACAGGUGCCACCUCAGAGAAGGUCCUGCUUCUGUUUUGCUGCCAGAUGUCUGUCUGCAGGUUACAGCACAGUCAGCAGCAUCUCCUCUGAUGAUCUCGAUGAUCACAUGGGUAUUUACAGGGGAAAGCGAUCCGCUGUAUAAAUUGACAUUGGAAACUACACCCUGAUUAGAUAAACAGCGGAAAGGGUUAAGCCAGUGCUCUCCCAAACUUCUGGGAGUGUAAGAAUACUUUGUUUCUUACACGCCCAUCAAGAGAGGGAACAUAAAGAGAGGGUAGACAGAAAUCAGUUAAAAUACUGCAAACAGACCAAAGUUCCCCGCCCCUGUGAACUAAUAGGACAUUUUAUAAUUUUAUUCCUCAGGGCUUUCAGUCUAACUUGGGACAUGAAACAAAACAAAAAAAUAGCAGCUGGCAGAUUGUCCUGGAAUUUUAGAGUGAUGUCAUUUCCUUAGCACCUCUCGCUGAGUUUGUCAGUGUGCUGGUUCAGAUCACCUUUAUCGGUGACAUCUUGCCAUCACAAUCUGGUGAUUUUUGACUCGUAGAUAAUAUUGCCAGGAGGAAUUCAAGAGGAGUCCUAGGCCUUCACUUUCCUCUGCCCGUGUAUGAUGUGUUGUGGAAAUCAGGAUGGCCUCUCCCUCAGUUUCCCUAUUUGCAUGAUGAAGAUAAUGACACCUUGAGGUAAGGCAGUGCUUGUGGAACUUUUAAUUAAGAGGGAAUUUUGGCAAGUGAGGCCUGUCAUUUCUCAGUGCAAUGGAACAAAGGAAAGUUCCACACUUGGAACUCUGCAAUCUUGAUCACCCAGUUAAUGGUUGUGUAAGAUUUCGAUCCAUCCUUUCCUAACGACAAAUGCCAAUAAAUGUUUAAUGGUAUGGCAUGGCAAUAUUCUGACUCGGUGCUUAAAGAGAUGGUGGGAGGGGAAAUCCCCAAAUAUACCCACAAAGUUGUCUGUUGGCAUACAGUGUUUCUAUCUACCCUUCCUCCAAACUCUGGGCAGUGUCUAUGGUCCCUCUCAGUAUUUUGUCUUCACAACAACGCUGUGAGGUGGGCUGGGCUGAGAGAGAGACAUGGGCUGGCCCAGUGAGGUUUGUAGUUGAAUGGGGAUUUGAACCUGGGUCUUCCUAGCCUCUAACAGCGUACUAUUGUGGCUGUCAUGAUUUCAGCUCUUGUAGGGUUGUCAUUGUGGUGAUGCUGCAUGUAUCUGUCUUUCAAGGAAGCGGGAGAAAAUGCAGCUGUAAGAUCAUCCUCCAAGCUCUUCCCUCUGCCUGUUCCUGCCCCCCCCACCAGUUUAUCAUAGCAAACCGGACUCCAUCUUGCCCAGACAUCAGGUGGGAGCACAGGGCAGGUGACUGGAUAGAGAAGGGGACAGAGGGAUGCAGGGAAGACCACAGUUUGGGGCAUUUGGCCAGCAUCUCUAGGCUGCAGCCUGUCAACAUUAAACCAAAGCUAUAUGUGAAUCUCUGUGGGUUCUGUGUUUUUGGCUAGGAACAAAUUGAAUGUCUGCACCAAGGGAAUCCAAAUUCUGUACUGAAAAAGUUGAGCUAAAUUUUGCUACUUGCAUAAAUUAAGCAGAUGGACACAAUCCCCUUUAUUUUGCAAAAUGUAUUCUACUAAAAAAAACCCCACCCUUGUAUAUUUUUUUCCUGUUUCUGUUAGUAGUGGGCAAAGCUGUGCAGGAUUUUAUAAGACUUGUCCAGCCACCCCUCUGCUGUCUGUAACUAUGAUCUUUGUAUCUAUGAGAGCUAGAAGCUCUUUUUAAUACACAGGCACAUAUACAUGUACAAUAUUCUUUGGGAGGUGAAUUUUUUUCACCUUUAGAUUUUCUUGUUCCUGCAGGAUUAUAAUGCAACACACACAGUUGUAAGCUCUAAAUAACCGACACGAUCUCAUUAUAGAGCAAAAUGUUACUUGUGCAAUCCCAGCCUUGUUCCAAUAGAUGGCACAAGUCUUCAUUUUAAAAAAGGGCAAAAUCAAUCUUUAAUAUAAAUGAAAGGCUGUUCUGGUUUAAGCAGCUUGAAUGGAUGUAAGCCAUUGUUGUUUUCAUCCAUCAGGCAUCUCUGACAUGUUAAUUCCACUCUCCUCUUGAGUACGUAGGCACAUUAGAAUUUUGCCCCUGUGACAGUCAUGUGCAAUAAUCUAUUAAGAAUGUUGUAGGUGUGGUGGAUCCAGUGUGAUCCAUUCCAAAAUGACCAACAGGAAGUUCUGCUCUGAUGUACUCUUUGGAAUGCCCUGUCAAUUGACAUCAGGCAGGUGCCGUAGCUGUGUCCUUUUCGACACAUGCUUAAAACUUUUUUGUUUAGGCAAGCCUAUCCAGACACAUAGAUGUUGAUGUGUUUUAAUCUUUUUAGUCUAUUGCAGUUUUAAUUGUUUUAAUUACUUAUUUUUAACAAUAAUUUUAUUGGGGGUUUUUUGUAAACAGCGUAGAGGCUUUCUAUAAUUAAGUGGUAUAUAGGUUUUGUUAAAUAAAAAAAAAGUACCAAACAAAUUCAGGUUAAAAGACAGGAUGUUGCAGUGACAACAUCGACAAAUUAGAAUCGUCUCCUCCUACCUUCAAUCAAUAUGAUUUUGGGGACAAAACCCACUUCUCCCACCACCAGUAUCUCUGACAAGGAUACAAUUGCUUUUGAUAAUGGGUCCAAAAGAUAAAUCAGCAGCUUCCAGUUCAGCCUGUCUCUUAUUCAUUCAGAAAUGUUGUUUAUACAAUAUAUGAGAUGGCUUUUUGCAGUGCUCCUGACAUGGUUUCAAAGGAAGCAGCUUUGAACAAGAUCAGGGUAUUUGUCCAUCUAGCACCUUGUAGGCUAGCAGCUCUCAGACAAAUAAAGGACUUGCCUGUCACCUGCUAUAUUUCAGAUGUUCUUGGACUCCAGCUCCCAUCAACCCCAGCCAACAUGGUCAAUGGUCAUGGAUGAUGGGAGCUGUAUUUUGUUUUGUUUUUUACAUUUUAUAUCCCACCUUUCCUCCAAAGAACUCAAGGUGGCGUACAAACAUGGCUCUCCUGAUUUUAUCCUCACAACAAUCCUAUGAGGUAGGUUAGGCUGAGAGACAGUGACUGGCCUAAGCUCACCCAGUGAGCUUCAGGGCCAAGCUGGGAUUUGAAUCCUUCUCUCCCAGGUCCCACUCCGACAAUGACUGUCCAAAACACCUGCAGGGCCACAGGUCCCCCAUGUCUGUGUUACCUGAUCCUUUUAAUUGGGGACGCCUCCUAACAGGGAUCAAACCUUGGACCUGUGUGCAAUACCUGCAUGCUGCCACUGAGCUAUAGGUCUCUGCCUCAAGUGACCAUACAAAUUGAUCACUGGCCCUUCUCAGCCCAGUAGCGUCUGAUCUGACAGGCAAUAGCUCUCCAAGGUCUCAAAUAGGGGCCCCUUCCCCAUUACCUGCUACCAAAGAUCUUUAAACUCAGGGAUGGGGAACCUGUGGCCCUCCAGAUGUUGUUUUUCUAACUCUCAUCAGCCCACAUAGCCAAUGGCCAGGCAUGAUGGAAAUUAUCAGGAAAGCCACAGGUUCAGUGAAGGACCGUAGCUCAGUGGCAGAACAUUGCCUUUGCAUGUGUGAGGUCCCAGGUUCAAACCUUGGCAUCUCCAGGUAAGGUUGGGAAUAUCCCUUGUUUGAAAUCUGGGGAGCCACUGCUAAUUCAUGUAAACAAUAUUGAGCUAGAUCAGAUGUGGGGAAGCUAUGGCCCUGCAGAUGUUGCUGGACUGGAACUCCCAACUUCCCUGACCUUUGGCAGGGCUGUCGGGUUGACAGAGGCCACAGGUUAGCCACCCCUGAUGGACCAGUGGACCCAAUAUAAGGUCCUUCCUAUGUUCCACUCCUUCUUUAACUGGAGGUGCCAGGGAUUGAAGAUAUUCUGUGACUGAGCUUCUGUCCUUCUACACAGCCUUUCUAGCUUGUGUUCCUUUAUCAGCCUUGCCACUCUCUGCCGUCUUUACUUGUAUUCGUUAGUUCAGUGGGUGAUUCCCAAACCUUUUUCUCAGGCACUGCUUGAAAACUGCCAAGGGUCUCAGCAGACCACUUAAGUUAUUUUUCUGCCUGAUGUAGCCAUUGUAACAUGCUGUGCUGGAUUCUGUAUGAUUCUUCAUUGUAUUUGUAUCGCUUGUUUUGUUUCUUAGAUUGUGUUCUUAUUGCAUUAUACUUUGUAUUUUGUGAAAUUCAAAUUUGCAGUACAAUAGAAUACAAUAUAAGCAAUACAAAUACAAUUUAAAAUCAGUAUGAAUAUUUCAUGCAGUGGAUGUGCUGUCUCCAGCCACAAAUCCACAGAUAAUGCUGUGGACCACCUCAAAGUUUGGGGACCCGUGGACUAGUUCAACUCCCGACAUCUUGGCCAAUCAGGAGAGCAGCAGAGAUCUGAUUGGGUUUCUGUUUCCCAUAAGUUCUAUUUCCUCUCUUAACUCAAUUGGUUUUAUUUUCCCUUUAAGUGUCAAUUUCUUGGGCUGAACUUUGGGCCCUUCUCUGAGGUACAGCCUCUGACUAAAAGCCUCUAAUACUUUUACAGCCUCAAAACAAACACAGAAUGGCUGGGAAGGUUUUAUUCCUUCAUACACCUUAUCUUGUGACCUUUACAACUGCUCUGUAGGGUAGGCAAAAUUGACUGCAAAAAAGAAAAAAAGUAGUUGUAAAUGCUGUACCUGCCUGGAGUGAUAUAACAACUUGAGAUACCAUAAGGUUUUGUCCUUGAGUUUGUGUGAUUAAAUAAGUUAACUUAAAUUUAUAUCCCACUUUUCCUCUAAGGAGUUCAAGAUAGAGUACACAACAGCCAUUUUAUUAUCACAACAGCCCUGUAAGGUAGGUUGGGCAUACAGAAGGUGACUCAUCUAGAAGGUGAAUCAGCUACGUAACAGAUCUUUGUGACUAUUAAUGGAGACUGUUAGAGUGGGGUGUGUGUGCAGAGGGAGACAGUUCAAUUUGGCAGGAGUUGAGUAGUCUAGUUCAGGGGUUCCCAAACUCUGGUUUGUGGACCAUGUGGUUCAUUCAGGUGGUCUGCGGUGUGUCGUGCAGAACACUUAGAAUUUGAAUUCCAUGAAAUUCAAAUUGUUUUGUUGUUGUUAUGUGCCUUCAGGUCGAUUAUGACUUAUGGCGACCCUAUGAAUCAGUGACCUCCAAGAGCAUCUGUUAUCAACCACCCUGUUCAGAUCUUGUAAGUUCAAGUCUGUGGCUUCCUUUAUGGAAUCAAUCCAUCUCUUGUUUGGCCUUCCUCUUUUUCUACUUCCAUCAGUUUUCCACAGCAAUAUUGUCUUUUCUAGUGAAUCGUGUCUUCUCAUUAUGUGUCCAAAGUAUGAUAACCUCAGUUUCAUCAUUUUAGCUUCUAAUACAGUAAAAUGCAGCAUAAGAAAUAAAACAAGGAGUACGAAUGCAAUUAAAGAUAUCUACUGCAAUAGCUUCAAAAAGCAGAAAACUCGUUAAGUGGUCUUGCCAAGACGCUCAGCAAUUUUCAAGACAUCCAUAGGCGAAAAGUUUGAGAGGCACUGGUCUAGCUGUAUCCUGUACAGCUCACAAAACACGAGAGCAAGCAUACUAGAUAGGUGAAGUGAUGAUCAUGUAAGUGAGCCAGUUAGGAGUUGGGGUAGACGGCUGGAUUAGGAAUAGAGGCUGCCAGUCAUUUUCUCCCCACAAACCUAAUAAAAUAAAGGAAAAAAGUGGUGUGGCAGUACAACACAACAAAAAUGACCAAGCUCAUUGGAAACCAAGUCACCCCACUGAAAUGAGUGGGGCUUGCUUAUGAAUAAACGUGCAUGGGAUUGGGGUGUGUAACUGUGAAGUAAUGUAGGGCAGCUACUGGAACAGGGCCUCUUCCGUUGUGAUACCCUGACUGCAGAACGCCCGCCCCACAUAUGUUCGCCGGUGACAGCUGUAAUAAGCAGCAGAUAUCACAGCUUGAAACAGUGCCAUUUAUUACAAUUUUGUGACAUGUUUAUUAACAGAAUUUGUGUACUGCUUAACUGUAAAUAAAACCU